AUGGCGCCCAACGGCAAGCGCCAUCCUGACCUCCUGUCGUGUAACUUCAACCAGGACUUCUCGUGCAUCGCUAUCGGGCACAAGAAAGGGUACACGAUCCUCAACUGCGACCCAUUCGGCAAGGUCCACUCGAAGAAUGACCAAGGCGCGACAGGUGUCGUCGAGAUGCUAUUCUGCACGUCGUUGGUAGCGCUCGUCGGCGCGCCCGACACGCAGCCCAGCAACUCGCCGCGCAAGCUCCAGAUUGUCAACACCAAGCGACAAUCUACCAUCUGCGAGCUCAUCUUCCCGUCGUCGGUGCUCGCUGUCAAGAUGAACCGAAAACGGCUUAUCGUCGUGCUCGAGACCGAGAUCUACAUCUACGAUAUCUCUACGAUGAAGCUGCUUCACACGAUCGAGACGGGACCCAACCCCAAUGCAGUGUGCGCCCUUUCUUCGUCGAGCGAGAACUCGUACCUCGCCUACCCCUCGCCUCCCCCAUCCCCUUCGCCAUCCGUGCAGGGGAACGUUCCGCCCACGGCACCUGCACCAACAACAGGCGACGUCCUCAUCUACGACACUCUGAACCUGCGCGCAGUCAACGUGAUCCAAGCACACAAGGCACCCAUCGCCUGCUUGGCGCUCAACUCGUCAGGCACCAUGCUAGCGACAGCCAGCGACAAAGGCACUGUCGUCCGCGUCUUCUCAGUGCCCGAGGCCAAGAAGCUUUGGCAGUUCCGCCGCGGUUCAAGCUCGGCGCACAUGUUCAGCAUGAACUUCAACCUCGCAUCGACUCUCCUCGCCGUGUCGAGCGAUACCUCGACCAUUCACAUCUAUCGCCUCGCGUCAGGUCGCAAGGCCAGCACGGGUGGUGACGACUCUCCACCAGCGAGUGGGAGCAGCGGGGGCUUUGAGGCCGAUCCGAACCCACCGACGCUCGCGCCACACUCUGCUGCCCAGUCCCUGCGUCGCCGGAGCUACCACAUUGGCAAGACGCUGCUCGGCGGGGCAGGUACAUACCUGCCCAAGGGUGUGACCGAGAUGUGGGAGCCGCAGCGCGACUUUGCGCACAUCAAGCUGCGGCCUGCGCAGACUGGUGUGCGGACUGUUGUGGCGAUGAGUGCGACGCUGCCGCAGGUCAUGGUCAUCAGUGCAGAUGGCGUGUUCCAGGCGUACAACAUUGACCUCGAGAACGGGGGCGAGUGCGCGUUGAUGAAGGAGUUUAGCCUUUUGAACAACGAGGACACGCUUGGGACCAAUGCCGAGUGA